AUGGAUUUACUUAAAACUCCUUCUAUUCAGUCAUUGUUAGAUUCGGACUUGGAAUCCGUUGAAAGUCUUCACUAUGUUGAUAUUGAAGAGCUCGAUGAAGUUGAAUAUGCACUACCUGCCAGUGAAGCACCAACAUUGGCUGAAAUAUUGUCAGCUGAAGAUGUGGAAACUCAACAUAAAGAAACAAUCAACUGUGUUAAAGAUCCUACUUCAUGUUCCGCUCUUCAAGUUGAUUUCUUACAGGCUAUUUCUCAGCAAGUACUCCAGGCACAAGAAAGGUCACUAGCAGGUGCAGCCACAGCACUAAGCGUUGGUAAUAAUGGCAAAACAACUGUUGGUACAGCUCAUGGACAUCUGUUGUCAUUCCAAGAUCAAACCUUACGGUGGGUCUGUGAUGCAAAUGAAGAUUGUGGGGCAGUUACUUGCUUAGCAUAUAAUAACGACAGUACACGACUAUUAGCAGGCUUCGCACGGGGUCUUGUUUAUCAGUAUGAGAGUAUAAGAGGAGUAAUUUUAAGACGUGUAACUCUUGGUGGUGAAACAUGGGGUAUAUUACGGGUUACAUGGGCGGGCACCUCAGGCCUCGCACUCGACACAGGUGGCUCUGUCUGGUUGAUGAAAUUCUCGCGGCCUCUUGGUGUGCGCUCUGCUCGUGUAUCGUGCCUUUUUUCUGGUGCUCGUGGCGAAGUAGUUGCAAUGACAGCAAGAGAUGCCCGUAUUUUGGCACUAGCAACACUUUCGCGUGUCAUUAUUGUGGCUGGUGGUCGUGCUGCGGGUGUACGAUUAAAUGGACCGCCUGACACUCUUCCAGUUUUAGAAUGGUGUGAAUUUGACAAUAGACUCCUGGUUUGUGCUCGAGCCAAUUUGUUACAAUGGCUGUCUAUCAGCAUAACCGGCUCGAAUAUUUCUCUGUGUCCAGUACAAAAAGUGGAACUGAAAGCAACACCACUUUGGAUGGGCUGGCUUGGUGGUAUUCUGGCUAUAUUUGAUGCUAAUGAGAGUCUGCGAUUAUGGGGUGAUGAUUACGACAAACCAUUGGAUCUUUCUCACAUAGAACCCGUGUAUUCUUCAGCAUUUUUCAAGGGCCUGUGGACGGAUGGUCGUGUUUCUCUUGCUAUGUGCAAAGCUGGUGAAAACGCAUUAGCUGGGAUAUGCGUAGGUGAGGGCGCAUUAUCAUUACUUGGUCGUAAAGGAAUCGUGCGAGUACGGCCACGCGACUUGCUCGCUAGAACUAAAGCAUUCAUUGGAUCUGGACGGUAUUUGCAAGCUUUAAGAUUACUCUGCACUACACAAGGACCAAACGCUAAAAAAUUAGCCAUUGACGUCAUUAAUAUGUUAGCAGAAAGACCUCACAUAUUGAGCAAUAAGAAUGUAGCCAUACAAGCAAUCAAGUUAUGUUUGAAAUAUAAUUUAAAUGAAGCACUGUGGUCUAAUCUAUGGGAGAAUUGUUCCUGUGAAAAGGCAUUUGUCGAAGCCUUAGGGGAUGCUGUUGUGCGCGGGGAAUUAUCUGAUACGCCGCCAACACCAGAUUAUUCGCAGGAACUUAUUGAGAAGUUAGCUGAAUUCGAGCCAGACCUUGUAGAAAGGGUGGUAGCGUCACUUCCUUUAAUCUCACUUGACCCUCAUCGCGCCAGCGUUUUUACUCGGGAGAAGGAAUUAUGGCGUGGCGUGGGAGCUAUUGCAGCAGCGUUAGACGGGAGCAGCGGCGCGAUGCGCACGCUGAUGGCGUAUGUGUCGGAGGAUUGCGCGGCGCGCGCGGGCGGACGCUGCACGUGCGCGGGCGGCGCUCUGCUGCUGGCGGCGGCGGACGCGCUUGCGGGCCGCGGCGCCGCCGGCCGCGCGCUGCCCGAGCACGCGCGUCCCUCGGCGCGCCAUGACGCGCUGCACGCGCUGCUCGCACAGGUAGAUUUGGUUGACUAUAAGAAAAAUUUACAAAAUGAGACCACUACCAGUAUAAAUGAAACAGAAAAUGAGCAAGAUAAUCAAGAAGGUACAUCUGAAAAACGUUACCAAAAGCAGCCAACAAAAAGAAAGAUGGUUAGUAAUAAUUUUGAAGAUGAUAUUAUAAAGAUUUUAAAGGAACCGGAGAAUAGACACAUAUCUUUUUUUAAAGGUAUUCUACCAUCACUUGAAAGAUUAGAUGACAAUAAAACACUAAUCUUUCAAAGCAGAGUUCUUCAAAUUUUAACAGAAUUGCAUCAACCUCAUGGCUACUACUAUCCGAAUAGCAACUACCAGGGUGGCUAUGAAACUCAACAUUUUGUAACAUCUCAACAAACGCCACUGAUACGUCCACAAUCAUCUAACAUACCAGAUCAAAUUGAUUCACCUAGUAAUGAUUUUUCUAACUCAAGCAUAUUAAGCACACUUUCAACGGAAGAAGAGUUUGAUUUUUCGUAA